AUGGAGGAAAUUAACGACAUAGACCACUUUAUUUAAAAACUUAUGAAGUCUGAACUCUUGUGUGAAAGUCAAAUAAAAUUUCUUUGUCUCAAAGCAAAAGAAAUAUUAGAAAAAGAACCAAACGUGAAACAUGUUUAAGCUCCUGUCACUGUAUGUGGAGAUAUUCAUGGGCAAUUUAGUGAUCUAUUAGAAAUUUUUUAAUCUGGAGGAAAAAUUCCUGAAACUAAUUACCUUUUCACAGGAGACUAUGUUGACAGAGGAUAUAGUUCAGUUGAAGCUAUUUCAUUGCUGUUAGCUUUAAAAAUUAGAUAUCCUGAAAGGAUAACAUUGACUAGAGGAAAUCAUGAAAGCAGAUAAGUAACAUAAAUAUAUGGAUUUUAUGACGAAUGCAUAAGAAAAUAUGGAAAUUAAAAUGUUUGGAAUUAUCUUGUUGGCAUAUUUGAUUAUCUUCCACUUUCAGCAGUAAUUGAAAACAAAAUUUUUUGUGUGCAUGGAGGACUGUCUCCUUCAAUAGAGUCUAUUGAUGAAAUAAACUAGCUCAAUAGAUUAUAAGAAAUUCCCGAAGUAGGUCCUCUUUGUGACAUUCUCUGGUCUGAUCCUGACAGUUUUAAUGGUUAUAGACCUUCUAAUAGAGGAGCAGGGUAUUUAUUUGGUGAAGAUUAAUCAAAAAUGUUUAACCAUAGAAAUGGCCUAACUCAAAUUGUUCGUGGACAUUAAUUAGUGAAUGAGGGUUUUGAAGUUGGUCACGACAAAAACGUAAUAACAAUUUUUUCUGCUCCAAAUUAUUGUUACAGAUGUGGUAAUACAGCAGCUAUACUUUAAAUAGAUGAGCACAUGAAAUAAGAAAUAAUUUAGUUCGGUCCAUCACCCUAGCAAGAAGGAAAACAAAUAACUCUUUCACCCUAGAGAGUUCCAGAUUACUUUUUAUGA